UCUUAAUAUUGUUAUCAUACCCUGGACCCGGCUCGUAUCAGUCCACAUAACUGUGAGACUCCGACUCACAGACUGUGAGUCUCACUGAGACGUGACUCAGAGGAAGUUGUGGGGGGCGGUGACCUUUGGUUAAGCGUUGUUUCCGAGCUGGUGGAGUGGGAGGGGUUAGACUGUGUAGAUGUUUCAUGGGCGGAGAGGGGGCUCUGUGAUUUUCGGUGGAAGGUCGUUUUGUGCGUGGUGGAAUGGGAGGGGCUGAACGAUAGGGAAGGGGAAGGGGUGAGAACAAGGAAAGACGUGGUGUGAGUUGGAUUCCAAUAUUGACAAAGUUUUUCAUCUUGUCAGUGAAAUCCAAGAGUGAGUCGUCUGAACUGGGUAACAGAAGUUGGGAGCUGGAAGACUAUUUGUUGGGGUAGGGAUGAUGAUGGAGGGGUGACCAGUUGUUUUUGGGGUGGAGGAGUUGGGGAAGAGAUUUUUUGUUGGAGUAGGGAUGAUGACGUUGCAGUUGAAGCCUACUUCUGCGUCCGCUGCCCUUAAGAGCACUGUGUUGUCUGUUGAUCUACACUAUCUCCUUUCCUGUCCUUGGCUGAACUCGCUGGUGCCUGCGUGGCGACACAGGGUGUUCCUGGGUGACGCACAUGGAGCCAAUUAGCAGUCCGUUAGCCUGCUCCUGUACACUGGUUCGAGACAACGGUAAGAUUGCAACCUACAGCGACAUAUGCAUAGUGAAGUUUGCUGACGACACGACUCUGGUGGGUCUCAUCACCAAGGGAGACGAGACUCAAUACAGGCUGGAGGUUGACCUUCUGACCACGUGGUGCAGGGACAACAACCUCCUGCUGAACAUCGACAAGACCAAGGAGAUUGUUGUGGACUUCCGGAAGGGUCACACCCAACACCUGCCGCUGACCAUCGACGGUGCUGUGGUGGAGAGAGUGAGCAGCGCCAGGUUCCUGGGAGUGCACAUCAGUGAGGAUCUCUCCUGGUCCACCAACACCGCAUCACUGGCGAAGAAGACCCAGGGCCGCCUGUACUUCCUGCGGAAACUCAGGCGAGCGAGUGUUCCUCCGGCCGUCAUGACUACAUUUUACCGCGGCACCAUUGAGAGCGUCCUCUCCAGCUGUAUUGCUGUUUGGGGUGGCAGCUGCACUGACUACAACUUGAAGGCCCUGCAGCGCAUAGUGAACACGGCUGGUAGGAUUAUUGGUGCUUCACUCCCCUCCUUGAAGGACAUUUACACCUCCCAUCUCACCCGCAAGGCGACCACGAUUGUGAGUGAUGUGAGUCACCGCGCUCACUCUUUGUUUGAUCUUCUGCCCUCUGGGAAGAGGUACAGUAGCCUGCGCUCCCGCACCACCAGACUCUCCAACAGCUUCAUACUCCAGGCUGUUAAGAUCCUGAACUCGCUCCCCCUUUCUGCGUAGCGUCCUGUACUUUGCGCUAUGCUUACUGUCUGCUGUAUGCACACUGGCUCAGUUUUGCUCCUCUUAUUUAUUGGGUUAUUUGUUUACCGUUUUUUUCCGUGUAUAGUGCGCCCCCAUGUAUAGUACGCACCCCGAAAAAUGGCAUGCGGAUGCUGGAAAAAAGCUUGUACCCAUGUAUAAUACGCACCCAAUUUUUAUGAAUUUUUUUUAAAAAAAAUUUAAUUUUUUUUUUUUUUUUUUUUUUUUUUAAGUCCCAAUGAUCGUCACACACGCAGGGAGGCAAUGGGUCCCAUUUUUAAAGUCUUUGGUAUGGUCUUAACAAGGCUGGAUGUAAUUUUUUUUGUUGGCGUUGAUUUCUCCGACUGCCCGUAAAAUACAAAAAUUUUUUGUACCCAUGUAUAAUGCGCACCCCAGAUUUUAGGACAAUAAAUUAGUUAAAUUUUGCGCACUAUACACGGAAAAAAACGGUAUUAUUUAUUCAUCACUCAUGUUAUUUAUUUAUUAUUAUUUAUUGUUUGUGCCUUCUUGUUUUUAUUUUGUGUCAUCUACUUGUAUGUCUAUCAUGUACAAUGUCUCGUCAUCGUGGGAUAGAGGAAACGGAAUUUCGGUUUCUUUGUGUGUCUUGACAUAUGAAGGGAUUGACAAUAAAGCUGACUUUGACUUUGAUUGUCUCCUUACCAGAUUGUCCAUUUACCUCCACAUACACUUUGAGGCGGUGAAUUUCCGUCUCCAAUACCGCUAACUUAUGAAGAAGUUCGUGAUGGUCAUCAGUGGAAA